AUGGCACGAGGCUGUACCCCCGACUAUGUCAACGCCGAAUGGUCGUUCUACCGUUUCGAGCCUUCCACAGCAGCGGCGGUGUUCUUCUGCGUCGUCUUUGUUCUCACUACUGGUCUUCACAUCUUCCAACUCAUCAGAACCAAGACAUGGUACAUGACGGCCUUCGUCAUCGGUGGACUGUCUUACACCAUUCUCCGCACAGGUGAAGUGGUUGGAUACGCUGCAAGAGCGCAAAACACGACACAAGAGCCCGGAUGCUGGACUCUCGGCCCCUACAUCAUCCAGAAUGUCCUUCUCCUCAUCGCUCCGGCCCUCAUGGCAGCCUCCAUCUACAUGAUCCUAGGUCGCAUCAUCAUGUUGACCGACGGAGAGAGCCAUGCCUUGAUCAAGAGACGCUUUCUGACCAAGAUCUUCGUUUCUGGAGACGUCCUUUCGCUCCUGAUGCAGUCCAGUGGUGGUGGUAUGAUGGCGUCCGGCGCAAGCAUGAUGGAUAUUGGCGAGAAGGUCAUCAUCAUCGGCCUCUUCAUUCAGCUCGCCGUCUUUGGCUUCUUCAUCGUCGUGGCCGCCCUCUUCCACCGCAGGAUGUUGCUUGUUCCGACCGCAAAGUCUCACCAGCCCGAGAUCCGCUGGCGCUACUACCUCCUGACGCUCUACGUCACCAGCGUUCUGAUCUGGGUGCGUAGUGUCUUCCGAGUCAUCGAGUACCUGAAGGGCAAUAAGGGCCACCUGAUGACCAACGAAGCGUACGUCUACGUCUUUGACGCGACGCUCAUGUUCCUCGUCAUGGUGUGGAUGAACUGGUUCCACCCGAGCGAGAUCGGUCUCCUGCUUCGCGGCGAGCCACCCCUCAAGAACGGACUCGAGCUCGUGAUGAUGAACAGAAAGUUUGGAAAGAUCCAGAACGAGAACAGCGGCAUGAGCGCUUAG